AGCAACACUUAAUUUGACAACAAAUUCCAUAUUAUGACAUUUCUCAAAAAUUGGACCGGGUUUUCACUUUCAAACGAUGUUUCAUAUUAAUUAUUUGAUAAAACUUUACUUACAAAACGGAGAGUACUAAUUACUAGCAUAAUGAUCAGUGAAUCUUCAUAUUUGGAUAACUUAAAUAAUAUUAAACCAAUAAAUAAGGAUACCGUGCACAAAAUAUGCUCGGGACAGGUGGUACUGAGCUUGGCAGUAGCUGUAAAGGAGUUAGUAGAGAACUCAUUAGAUGCUGGAGCAACUAACAUUGAUAUCAGAUUUAAAAAUUAUGGCAUAGACUUAAUUGAAGUGAAUGACAAUGGUUCAGGAAUCACUGAAGAUAAUUUUGCAGCAUUAACUUUAAAAUACCACACAUCCAAAUUGAGUGAUUAUUCUGAUUUACUUGGUGUAACAAGUUUUGGAUUUAGAGAAGCAUUGAGUUCCUUGUGUGAAUUGGCAAAUCUCACUGUAACAACAAGACAUAGCAGUGCUGAUUAUGCUACUAAAAUAGAAUAUGAUCACAAGGGCAACAUAAAUAAAAAGACCUUAUGUUCAAGGCAAAUUGGAACCACAGUCAGCUUAACCAAUCUUUUCCAUUCCUUGCCAGUGAGGCAAAAAGAAUUUCACAAGAAUGUAAAGAGGGAAUUUAAUAAAAUGACACAACUAUUAUAUGCAUACUGUUUGAUUUCUGUGGGUGUUAAGAUAACCUGCAGUAACCAUACCAGCUCUCAGUCGAAAACCAUGGUAGUAGCAACACAAGGAUCAAUGUCAUACAAAGACAACAUUGCUUGUAUAUUUGGCUUAAAACAAUUACAAACAAUACUAGAAAUAAAUCCUGAAUAUGUGUUGAAUAUAAAGGAUAACAUAUUCAAGGGUUUAUCACAAGAAAAAGAAAGCAUUGAAAAUAGUAUUCAAAUUGAGGAUGUUGAAAUUGAUUUAUCAGAAGACUCUAAUGAAAAUGAAGCUGAUGCCAAAAGUAAAGAUAUAGCUAACUCACAAGGCUAUAAAAAUGUUGUAAAACCUGUUGAAUUUACAGGUUUUAUAUCAACUUGUGAACAUGGUAGUGGUAGGUCAAGUGCUGAUAGGCAAUUCUUUUAUGUAAACAGUAGACCUUGUGAACCAACAAAAGUAGCAAAGUUGAUUAAUGAAAUAUAUAGACAAUUCAAUCCUAAUCAGUAUCCUUUUGUAUUUUUAAAUGUCAACAUAGACAGAACAUCAGUUGAUGUUAAUGUAACACCUGAUAAAAGAAAAGUGUUCCUCACCAAAGAGAAAAUUAUAUUAGAUGUUCUUAAUUCAUUGCUUAAACUGUUUGAAAGUGUACCAAGGACAUUAAAAGUGGAUCCUUCACUUAAUUCAUAUAAAGCAAAUGAUGUUAAACCAGAUAUGGAUCAACCAAGAAUAUUUAAUUCAUUUUUGUCACAAUUUGGUAACAAGUCCAUAUCAGUUGGUGAAACUAAAAGUGCAGACAAAUCAGAAUCUAGAAGUGAACUAAAAAGGAAGUCCACAUCAAUGCUCGACUUUAUAUCGUCAAAAACAAUAAAAAAAGAAACCAUCAAAGAUGAUCAUCUUGUUGAAGACUUUUCUAUGAAUUUAAAAGACGAAAAUGCUAGUAAACAUCCCGAUAAUAUGAAAACAGAAUCUUUUCGAAAUGAUGAAUAUGAACAAAUACCCACUGCUAAAUGUUCACCUGUUCCUUCAGAUUGCAUUGAAACUGAGGAAGAAACAACUAAAUCAAGAAAUACAUCAAAAGAAACUGAUUAUGUUACAGAAAAUGCCAAUGAAAACAUAUUGUAUUUAGGAUAUACUCACACUGUUCCUAACACACAAAUAAGAAAAGUUUCAGAUAUUGUAUUAGAAAAAUCUCAUACAAUAUAUUGUAAAUCAAAAUCUGCAAAUGUUAAAGAAAAUAUAGAAAGAGAUCCAAAACCUAAAAAAACCAAGGUUGUGACAGAUCAAGAAGAUUUAGGAAAGGGCAAUAGAAAAUCAGUAAUUCUAAAAACAUCUCUAGAGCAUGUAAAAACUUUGAGUAAAAUAAACAUGGCCCAUAAAGUCAAAAUGAUGCCAACAAAAGUCAAAUUCAAGAGUACAAUCAAUCCAGUGUUCAAUAAGAAAUGUGAAGAAGAGCUAACAAAGGAAAUAUCAAAAGAAUCAUUCAAGCAAAUGAAAAUUGUGGGACAAUUUAACCUAGGCUUCAUCAUUACAAGAUUAGAUGAAGAUCUUUUCAUAAUAGAUCAACAUGCUACUGACGAAAUAUAUAAUUUUGAAACAUUGCAGAAAACCACUGAACUCACUAGCCAGAAGUUAGUUAUACCACAACAGCUGGAGCUUACUGGAGUUAAUGAACAAAUACUGAUGGACAACAUAGAUGUGUUCAAGAAGAAUGGAUUUGCAUUCGAAAUAAAUGAAGAUGCCCCACCAACAAAAAGAGUGAAACUAUUGACUUUGCCUAUGUCGAAAAAUUGGAUCUUUAGCAAAGAUGAUAUAGAAGAGCUUCUUUUUAUGUUACGGGAAUCCCCAUCUGAAUAUUGUAGACCAAGUAGGGUGAGGGCUAUGUUUGCUUCAAGAGCAUGUCGUAAAUCAGUUAUGAUUGGAACAGCUUUGAAAAAAUCAGACAUGCGUGUACUUGUAGACCAUAUGGCAGAAAUAGAUAAGCCUUGGAAUUGUCCACAUGGCAGACCAACAAUAAGACAUUUAAUUAAUUUGGCCAUGAUACAUACUAAAGACAACUGUGAUUAAUUUUUAUAAGAUUACCUUUUAAGAUGUUAAAUUUUGAAUCAUGGAAAUAAAAUACUUUUACAAUA